UUUGGAGGUGGGCGGUGAGACGUUCCCUACACACAGGUACAUCAUCGCUCGGUCCUCAGUCCUUAUGGCGGACCUCUCUGAUCCUGUGAAAGGGAAGGGGGCACCCCGUGUACGGAUUGACAACAUGGAAGCUAAAGUCUUCAAGGCGAUGCUCCACUUCAUCUACACGGACACGUUGCCCGAGAUUGGCGAGGAAGAAAUUGUGGAGAUGGCACAACAUUUGCUCGUCGCUGCAGAUAGGUUUAACAUCGAGAGGCUCAAAUGGAUAUGCGAAGAGAUACUGUGCAAGCACAUCCGCAAAGACACUGCGGCGACUAUGUUGGCGUUGGCUGAGCAGCGUGGUUGUGACGGUCUCAGAGAUGCGUGCUUGAAGUUCUUCUCUUCUCUUGACAUGCUGAAGGCAGUCGUGGCAACAGAUGGCUUUACGCAUCUGAGGAGCAGCUGUCCGUCAAUCCUAGAGGUGCUGGUCACCAAUGUUGCUCCCUGACCGCUUAAACUACAAAGCAACAAAACACUAGAGAUUUCUACAAGAAUAUUAGAUAUU